AUGUCAACGAAUCGUAAAGUGUCAGGUAGUCGGGAUGCAGGCAGUUUAAGACUUCGACGUCUUACUCAAGCCUAUCUCACUCCGAUUCAUUUAUUUCAUUCGAAAUUCGAAAGGACCACUGUUCAACAAGUCGAUAGCGUUUAUUAUAUCGUAAAGAAAUUACUUUUGGAUUAUCAAAGUGUUACAAGUGGCUUAUUUCCGCGAUAUUCGAAAGAUCAGCAAAUUGGUUAUGUAAAAGAUAGCAUUUAUGCUGCAUUUGCUUGUUGGGCAUGUUCACUUGCUUAUAAAAGAUUGGAUGAUGAUCGUGGGCGAGAGACUGAACUACGACAGUCAGCCGUUAAAGCAUUACGUGGCAUUUUAUUUUGUUGGAUGCAACAGCUUGACGAUUUAAACAACUUCAAAGAAAAGAAUUCUAGUGAAUAUGCGCUACACGCACGUUUUGAUUUGCAUACUGGAAUGAUUCUACCUUCUCCUGAGGAAAAGAUGUUUGGUCAUCUUCAAAUGGAUUUAAUUGCACUUUAUUUGCUAACAUUGGUGGAACUAAUUGCAGGAGGCGUUCAGGUUAUUUAUACUCAUGAUGAAGUAUGUUUUGUACAGAAUCUUGUUUUUUAUAUCGAAAGAACAUAUCGUACUCCUGAUUUCGGAAUGUGGGAAAGAGGGACUCGCUACAAUAAUGGUAAAAUUGAGCUUCAUGCAAGUAGCCUUGGUUUGGUUAAGGCUGCGCUUGAGGCAAUAAACGGUUUCAAUUUGUUUGGUGCUUUGGGCACAAGUUCUUCUGUAAUCUAUGUGGAUAUUGAUGGACACAAUAGGAAUAGAACUACAUUUGAAACAAUGCUUCCACGAGAAAGUAAUUCAAAGAAUACCGAUGCUGCACUGCUUAUGACUAUUGGAUGGCCAGCUUUUGCUACUCAUGAUUUAAAACUUUAUGAUAAAGCAAUCAACCAAUGCAUUAAAUUUUUAGAGGGUAAAUUUGGUUUAAAAAGAUUUUUACGUGAUGGUUAUCGUACUGAAUUGGAAGAUGCUUCUCGGACUUAUUACGAUAUGCAUGAGACUCGCAAUUUCCAAGAUAUCGAAUGUCAAUUCCCAUUUUUUUUUGCUUUUUUGUGUAUUACUGCUCUUCUUCGCGGGGAUGAAGAAACAUCGAAAGAAUAUUUUGCAAAACUGGAAAAGCUUCUUGUUUCCGACGAAGAAGGUUCAUAUCUAAUUGUACCUGAAUGUUAUGUGUUGGAAGAAGAUUGCAUAAAUGCUGAAAGAGCAAAUCCAAACUCGCAAGAAUUUUUCCCUGUGAAUGCCGAUUUGACUGGCCAUCAUUUAUGGUCUAAUGCUAUAUAUAUUAUUGCUGUUCUUAUUAAAGAUAAAUUGAUCCAUGCGAGCGAUAUUGACCCAAUAUAUCGACAUCUUCCUGCUAGUCAACGUCCAAAAAAUUCGAAUCGUCAUUCAGCGUUUCAGGGGAGCAUGGAAGGAUAUCCCGUCGUACAGGUUGCUCUUAUUGCUGAGUCAAGUCGCCUUCAAAUGAUGUUAUCAACGUAUGGAAUUAAUACUCAAACGCCACAUGAACUUGAACCCGUACAGAUCUGGCCAAGUUGGAAAAUGGUCAAGGUUUUCGAAUCACUUGGCAGAAAUGAAAAAUUAGGUCUUGGUGGUCGUCCACCGAGACCGUUUGGUCCUUUAAAUACUAGUAAAAUAUUUAAACGAUUUGGCGAUACGAUUUUAUGUUAUCCACUCCUUUUCGAACUUAGAGAUUUCUACAUGACAGCAGAUCCUGCAGUUCUUAUAAAUGAAAUAAAGUUUGAUAUGGAGUUCAUUUCAAAACGAUGGAAACUAGCUGGGCGUCCAACAUAUUGUAUGAUUCUUCGUGAAGAAAAUGUCAGUGGUGAAUAUUUUCGUCCUAUGCUUGAUUUACUUGUUGCAAUGAAGAAUGGUUUUGUGAAUGGAAUUCGUGUUAGAGUUGGGAGGGUUCAUCAAUUGCUAAUAUCCGGUUGCACCGAACAUGUUGAUUUUUUGGUGAACAAUUCUGAUGAUAUUGAUUACAUCAAUAAUUUCGACGAAUUUGUUGGUGAUAUUUCCCCUAUAAUUCCAAAAACUUCCACGCGUUACAUUGUUCUUGAGGAGGAUACGAAAAGUAUCGAAAGUGAUUUUAAAAGCAAAUCAGAUCAUGAGCUUCAUGCGAUUGCAAGAAUUCACGAUAUAAAUAAUCUCAGAGUUGUUGCAUUUGCUUUGGGAAUACUUCAAAAUCGACAUGGCAAAGAAUUCAUUAUUGAAGGAGAAAAUAUUGAAGUUCACUUAGAACGCGUUUAUCGUCAAGCUUGUGCUUGGCGUUUAUGGUGGGUUGUCCGCUACUGUGCUGCUAAAUUACGAAAAACUACAAAUUCACUUGCUCCUGGAAUAACAAAUAUGCUAGUUCGUGGCAAACAGAUAACACUCGGUUUUCGAGGUUAUCAUGAAACAACUAUAUCAUCGCCGGCAACUCCUGACGAAAUAACUAAUAUUCUUUUCAAUUCAUGCCCAGAUAGCGAUCCGCAAGCAGCUGUAUUGCAACAAGAACUUAUAAUCGCUUGUUCUGAUUUAAUUUGUAAUCAACCGAGUGCAUUUGAUGGUAUUUUGACGAUCCGACUUUCCUGGCUUUCUGAUGCUAUUUCUUUAAUGCUUAAUUAUAUCCAAAGCACGAAUUUUUCUAAUCGAUCUUCUCGUUCAGUCAAACGACAUCACCCAUCAUCUCCAACAAAAGCAUUAUCAUGCUUCACUUCGGGAUCUUCAGUAUAUGAUUUAUCUCCAACGGCUGUUAAGGAAUCAGUAGCCGCACUGCUUACAAGAAAAAAUUGGCAUCUGUUGACUCCAUUACAAUCUCGCCGUUUAAACGGCUCACUUAAUCGUGUACCCAUAACACUUUAUGACAGUGUUUGGAAAAUUCUCGAGCGCACUGAAGGAGGAAUUGUUAUUGCUGGUCAAUAUCUCCCUCAGCAACCGACAUUAAGUGAUAUGACGCGGUAUGAACUGACGUUUGCAUAUAAAAUUGAAUCAAUGAUGAGCGUUAUUACCCAUCCAGAAUACCGUCAGGUGUUGGUUGAAUUGCUAUGUAUAAUCGCUUUGAUUCUUGAAAGAAACUGUGAAUUUACAUUUAAAGGCAAAUUCGAUAUGGACAAACUUAUACUAUCGGCUUUUCAUCGAUAUUGUGAUGAAAGUGGAAUAAUUGAUCGAAAUGAUAUGACUCCUUUCUAUGAGCUUGAUGUUUCGGAUUUGACUACUAAUUCUACUGCGAAUUAUCUUACUCGAGCAGUUAUUGAGGUACUUUUAAGUGGUGUGAGUGUUACUUGUCGGAAAACAAUUCCAUUUUUGGCAAACGAUUCGUUAUUAACAUUAUCCGCUGGAGAUCGAAAUGAUGAUUCACCAGAUUCUUGUUCAAUAAGUUGA